AGCACAUUUCAGUGGUUUGUUUUUAUAUAUAGACAUAUGUAAAGGCAAAAGGAUACCAAUAUCCCAAAACCCUCUCAUAAACAAUCUCCGGUUGAGCAGCCAUGGACUUGUUCGGAGAAUUUCGUAAGGUGGAAAUCGAUGGGAAACCAUUUCUUGUAUACCACAAAGUUAUGAAACCAUUACCACAAAUACACACCCCAAACUCCUCCGAUGAAGAAACCACCAUCGAAAAACCAUUAUCAAUCCAAAACGAAGAAACUUCCUCCGAUGAAGAAACCAUUGACUCCGGAUGAUCAAGGGAAGUCAGUAGAACACUUUUUCAAUCUCAAGACAUCCCCCUUCCAUGGUGACAAUACGUCAGUUGAUCAUGAUCCCGUACUACCUCUGUUUUGGUGCAACAAUAAAGAAGCUGAUCCAGAGAACGAUUGCGUUAUUUGCAGAGCCGAAAAGGUCGGCACGGACUAUUAUUACUGUGUCGAGUGUGAUAUGAGGUACCACAAAGAAUGUGUCGAGUCUCCACUUAGGAUCAAUUAUCCUUCCCACGCCAAUCAUUCUUUCCAACUUUACUCUUCCAAGAAAAGAUUCAAGUAUUGCAUCAUGUGCAGAAAAAAAGUAAACGGUCUCGUAUAUUAUUGUGCUCUUUGUGACAUGUAUAUGCAUACGCUUUGUGCCCAGGCGGUAAUACCCUUUUUCAUAGACCAACCAAAAAGGCAUGCCCAUAUCCUCACCCUUUUCCCAAGGCAAGCUUCCUUAACCUGCAAUAUUUGUGGUGUACUUGAUGAACUUCAUUUCACCUACGUUUGUCCUAUAUGCGAUUUUGUCACCCAUGCUGAUUGUAUAUAUAUCCCACAAACCAUAAGAAUAUCUCGCCACCACCACUGUAUCUCUUUCACUUCUUCUCUUCUAAAAGGAAAAUGGUCUUGUGGAGUUUGCCGUCAAGAAGUUGACAGGAAGUAUGGUGCAUACACUUGCAAUGCGUGUAAUGGCUACACUGUUCACACAAGAUGUGCAUUGCGUAAUGAUAUAUGGGAUGGAAAAGAACUUGAGGGAGUACAAGAAGAUGAAGAAGUUGAGCCGCCGUUCAAAAGGAUAUCAGAUGGAAUAAUACUCCAUUUUUCUCAUGGCUGUCAAAUGGAAUUGGAGACCAGUGGAGUUCACGUCGGCGGAAACAAGUUUUGUCAGGCAUGUGCUCUUCCAAUCAACGAGGAAAACUUUUAUAUAUGUGUGGAAUGUGACUUCAUUCUACACGAAACAUGUGCAGAAGCUCCGCAAAAGAAGUUUCAUCCAUUACAUCCCCAUGCACUUCAACAAAAGGUUGUCCAUGAAAAUGAUUUAUUCUUAUGUGAUGCAUGUGAUCGCUUAUGUAAUGGUUUCGGAUAUGAGUGUACGUUCGAGGAUUGUGAUUACAUACUAGAUGUAGUAUGUGCAUCGGCUUCUGAGCCGUUCAACUAUCAAGGCCAUCAACACCCAUUAUUCCUAGCGUUACGCCCAAACGUAAAGCCAAUGUGCCACAUUUGCAAGUCAACGAAAGAAAACCAGGUACUCAACUGCAUUGAGGGUGACUUUAUUAUAUGUUUUGAAUGCGCUACCUUACCAUAUGUGAUAAGAUAUAAGCAUGAUGAUCAUUACCUCACAUUAUGUCAUGGAGAGGAGGCAAGUGACUCAGAUUGGUGUGAGUUAUGCGAGGGAAAAUUGUCAACUGGAGGAGAAAAAGGGUUCUAUAAGUGCGAUGAUUGUUGUACUACGCUUCAUAUUAAUUGCUUACUUGGCCCUAAUCCAUUUUUGAAGCCCGGUCAAACUUUCACGUUGGGUCGUAACGAAUUUCUAGUUAUACGCAACAAUUCUCCUCGUCCAAUUUGCGGCACCUGCAAUAUGCGUCGUCCGUAUCCAGUAAUGUUUUUCUGGGAAUCGGUAAGCUCAUAUCGUUUUCUAUGUUCCCCUACUGGUUGUAUUACUAUUUGAGUUAUCCUUUUUUUUUUUUUCUUAAAGUUUAAUUUUGUUUUUUUUUUUGUCCUUUUUUCCAUUGUCUUUGAUUUUGGCUCUAUGUUUUUGAGCUCUGUUUUUUCAUUUAUUUGGUGACUUGGUUUGUAGCAGACUUUUAUUUAAUUCAGUAUUUGGUGACUUUAUUUGUAUACUUUUUUUGGUGACUUGGUUCUUGUUUUUGUUCUCUACGACAAUGAAACAGUAACAGAGUGUGAAAGACAGAGAGAGAUAUGACAAACCUUAAAGAGUGAAAGAGGUGAGAAUUAUAACAAAAAAGGCAUCACUCGCGUAAAUGAUAGGCAUGUCGGGUAAGCAUGGAUUGGUUCUGAAUAGUUAAAGAAACAAUGUCAUGGGGAUAAUCUAUAGUAGCAGACUGUAAUUCCAUAGUAAAACGAACAAAAUAACCCAAAACACACAAUACGAA